AUCAUAGCGUGGGCCUCUAAAGGCCCAUUAAGUUUUUUCAUUACAACCUCAGACCAAGCAUUUGGCGGGAAGAGCCACGCCGCCACCGGGAAGUUGCCGACGGCGAGAACCGAUGCUUCGCUUACGCCUAUGGGUUAGAAGAUUUACGUUUCAACGGAGAUGCGUCCAUAAUGUCUCCACUUCCUCUCUGCUUUACGCCGCAUCGAUUCCGAGCCUUCGCCUCUUAAGUAACUGCAAGAGCAUUGAUUCACUGCGGAAAGCUCACGGGGUCUUAACGGGGAAUGGGCUUAUGUCUGACAUAUCGUGUGCCACUAAGCUCGUUAGUCUCUACGGUUCCUUUGGGUACACUAAAGAUGCACGCUUGGUGUUCGAUCAAAUUCCCGAACCAGAUUUCUAUUUAUGGAAAGUCAUGCUCAGCUGUUAUCACCAGAACAGAGAGAGUCUCGAAGUCGUAAAGCUUUAUUCUUUAAUGAGGAAACACGGUUACGACAACAUUGUUUUCUCCAUAGCUUUGAAAGCGUGCACUGAGAUGCAGGAUUUGGAUAACGGGAAGAAGAUACAUUGCGACAUUUUUAAGAUGCUAGGCUGUGAUGAUAUUGUGUUGACAGGUCUUGUAGAUAUGUAUGCUAAGUGUGGAGAGAUCAAGACUUCUUGUAGAGUGUUUGAAGGUGUUAGCUUGAGGAAUGUGGUUUCUUGGACUUCGAUGAUUGCUGGGUAUGUGAAGAACGGCUUGCACGAGGAAGGGUUGGCUGUGUUUAAUCAGAUGAGGGGAAGCUCUGUUUCGGGUAAUGAAGUUACGUACGGUACUCUUGUCACGGCGUGCGCGAAGCUCGGUGCUUUACAUCAAGGGAAGUGGUUACACGGUUGUUUGAUUAAGAGUGGGAUUGAGUUGGGAUCAUGCUUGGUGACGUCUCUGUUAGAUAUGUAUCUUAAAUGUGGUGAUAUAAGCAAUGCGCGUUGGGUGUUUAAUGACUAUUCCCAUGUGGAUCUUGUCAUGUGGACGGCGAUGAUUGUGGGAUACACACAUAACGGAAGUGCCAGUGAGGCUUUGAGCUUGUUUCAGAAAAUGAAAGGAGUUGGAAUCAAGCCUAACUGUGUUACCAUUGCAAGUGUCUUAUCCGGUUGUGGUCUGGUUGGGAAUCUUGAACUUGGAAGAUUAGUUCAUAGCCUAUCCAUCAAAGCUGGUCUUUGGGAUACAAAUGUUGCUAACGCUCUGGUUCACAUGUAUGCCAAGUGUUAUCAGAACAGAGAAGCUAUGUAUGUGUUUGAAAGGGAAUCAGAGAAAGAUUUAGUCGCUUGGAAUUCUAUAAUUUCCGGUUUUUCACAAAACGGAUCUGUCCACGAAGCUUUGUUUCUGUUCCACCGCAUGGUUUCAGAGUCUGUGACGCCUAAUGGUGUAACAGUUGCAAGUCUCUUCUCAGCAUGUGCUUCCCUCGGGUCUUUACCCAUAGGUUCCUCUCUUCAUGCUUAUUCCCUGAAACUGGGCUUCUUGGCAUCAUCAAGUGUCCAUGUUGGUACUGCGCUCUUGGACUUCUACGCCAAAUGUGGGGAUGCGGAAUCAGCUCGUAGCGUUUUCGACACUAUAGAGGAGAAAAAUACGAUCACAUGGAGUGCUAUGAUCGGAGGCUACGGAAAGCAAGGGGACAGAGAAGGCUCUAUUGAGCUAUUUGAAGAGAUGCUGAAGAAGGAACAAAAGCCGAACGAAUCAACCUUCACGUCUAUUUUAUCAGCUUGUAGUCACACGGGGAUGGUUAACGAAGGGAAGAAGUACUUUAACUCGAUGCACAAAGACUACAACUUCACGCCUUCCGCAAAGCACUACACAUGUAUGGUUGAUAUGCUGGCACGAGCAGGUGAGCUUGAGCAAGCCUUGGACCUGAUCGAGAAGAUGCCAAUUCAACCAGACGUGAGAUGUUUUGCAGCGUUUCUCCAUGGAUGUGGAAUGCAUUCGAGGUUUGAUCUUGGGGAGAUCGUGAUCAAGAAGAUGUUUGAUUUGCAUCCUGAUGAUGCCUCUUAUUAUGUGCUUGUGUCUAAUUUGUAUGCGUUGGAUGGAAGAUGGAGCCAGGCUAAAGAGGUGAGGAAUCUGAUGAAGCAGAGAGGUCUGCGCAAGGUCGCAGGACAUAGUACAAUGGAAACAGAGUUGUCUCAUAGCUUUUGUGGAUGAACAAAGAAUCAUAUAUACACAAAAGCAUUCUUGGA